AUGACCGUCAGCAAACAAAGCAGGUCUCCCAGAAACCGAAGAGGUAUCAGUUUCUGCUGCUCUGCAUUGAGUCUGAUAUGCUUCUUCCAUUCGCAUAAGCAUUAUGCUUUAGCCUUUUCUGCUCGACGACCUUUUCAACUACAGCAUUUGGAUCACAUUGUUCUGACGUUUCCAGAGGACAUCAACCCAAUGAUGGAAUUUUAUACCGAGAUUCUUGGAUGCACCAUUGAUUCACCAGAGGACAUUGGUCGAUUGAAUGGAAGAUUGACACAUUUGCGAGCCGGUCCCAAUACCAUGAUUGACCUCAUGAAGAGAGAUGAUGAUGAAGAUUCUGAUGACGCAACUGAUAAUGAUGAUGAAGGUCAUCGAUCAUCACCAUCAUCGUCAUCAGCAGCAGCCGUCGACCACUUCUGUUUACGGAUUGAUCCGUACGAUCAAGGCGAACUAGAAGAUUAUCUACAAAGCAAAGGAAUCGAGAUUCAGUCUUCGGGCAUGCGCAAAGGGGCGGAAGGAGUAGGUCCAUCCAUCUACAUCCAAGAUCCAGAAGGAAACACAGUCGAACUAAAGGGCCCGGCUAUGGAGAAGCAGUCAAACGAUGAAAAUCAAAAAGAAGAGAAAGGGACCCCUAGCCACAAUAUACACGAACCAACGGCAACAGCAACAACAAGACCUAAAGAUGAUUAUCAUGACGAUUCUGAUCAGACGAAGGUACCUGUGACUCCAUGUACUCGAAUUUGUCGAUACAACGCUGACUUCUUUGGAGGACAGGUAUGCAUUGGAUGUUUUCGAGAAGGAUUUGAAGUUGGGACUUGGGCCAGCAUGUCUCCCUUUGAAAAGUAUAUGGGAUUACUCGAUGCCAUCGACAGAUGCAAUGAAUCGUCAAUCCCUUUGGAUGGCGCCAUAUCUUUGGAAGAAUUGCAGCGACAGGCGGACUAUUGGAAGAACCUUUCUUUAGCAGAAGGGUGA